UAUGUCGUCGCUAAAGCGAUCUUGCCGCCCGCGGCUCGGUCUUCCCUAUCACACUAGCACCCUACCUAGGUAUCUAGCGCCUGCCAUCACAUACACGAGCCAAGCUUCGGCGCAUGUAGCACGUGCAGAACGCCGAACCAUUGCUGACCACUUCGCCGGAGAAGCUGCAUCAAACAUGACACAAGUCUCCUGGAUGCCGAUUAUCAUAGGGCUUUCGGUGGUUGCAACCAGCGUCCACGAAGAUCUGCAGGUCGCAGUUUUGUUAGCGGCGUAUGAUGCUCUCAUUCGGCCAAGCCAAGCACACUCAGCACAGUCGGCCUUGACGAUGCAUUCUGAAUUGCAAGUAAGACAUGGUCAAUUUCAGAAGUGGGUUGAUCUGACUGUGGUAAUACUUGGUAUUAGUAUGAUGCCAUGAAGUUGAUGGCACAUGCUAGUAUUCCUGUCCUGCCAACCUAUUCUCUCCCUUCAACAUCAUCAUUUAUUCUGUGACACUGUUAAACACUGUGGCCACAAAUCAUAUCACAAAAUGAAGACCAACGAGCCAAUCGCAGUCGUUGGUAGCGGUUGCCGCUUUCCAGGCGGUGCUAGCAGCCCAUCUAAGCUGUGGAAGCUCCUCAAAGAACCACGAGACGUGCAGAGCAAAGUGGACCGUUUCGCCAUCGAUGCCUUUUACAACCCAGAUGGUUCAUAUCACGGCAAAGGUAAUGCAAGGCAUGCCUACCUGUUAGAAGAGGACCCCUACGCCUUCGAUGCGUCUUUCUUCAACAUCCACGCACAUGAGGCCAAUGCCAUUGACCCACAACAUCGUCUUCUCCUCGAGACUGUAUACGAGGGAAUUUCCUCGGCUGGUCUCCGUCUCGAGGAUCUCCAGGGCUCAUCCACUGCUGUCUAUGUUGGUAUGAUGCAGCAUGAUUUCGCCGACAUCACGAAUUACGAUCUCGAUGCCAUUCCCACAUAUGGUGCGACGGGUACCUCUGCGGCUAUUCUAUCCAACAGAGUAUCAUACUUCUUUGAUUGGCAUGGGCCGAGUAUGACGAUCGAUACGGCAUGUAGUUCAUCGCUUGUAGCUUUGCAUCAUGCCGUGCAACAGCUUCGAGAGGGUUCGAGCAAAGUGGCUGUCGCUGCAGGGGCUAACUUAAUUUUGGGUCCAUUGCCGUUUGUAGUGGAAAGCAAACUGAACAUGCUUUCGCCCACUGGGCGGUCUCGUAUGUGGGAUGCGGAUGCGGAUGGCUAUGCGAGAGGCGAAGGUGUUGCUGCAAUUGUGCUGAAAACACUUAGUCAAGCCUUGGCUGACGGUGAUAGCAUUGAGUGCAUCAUCCGUGAAACCGGUGUGAACCAAGAUGGUAGAACACCUGGUAUCACGAUGCCCAACCACAAGGCGCAGAAAGACUUGAUUCGCGAAACAUACGCGAAGGCAGGUCUCGACCUGAGCAAGCCUGAGAAUCGCUGCCAGUUCUUCGAGGCUCAUGGUACUGGAACUCCCGCUGGGGAUCCCCAGGAGGCUGAAGCAAUAUCCUCGGCAUUCUUUGGAGAUACUCCACGCGGUGCCGAUGAGGAACCGAUGUAUGUAGGCAGUGUGAAAACUGUCAUCGGUCAUACUGAAGGGACCGCUGGAAUAGCUGGUCUCAUGAAGGCUUCCUUGGCCAUGAAGCAUGGGAUUCUACCCCCUAACCUAUUGUUCAAUCAACUCGCCCCGAGAGUUGCGCAGUUCUAUGACGACCUUGAAAUCGUCACGACCGCCCGGGCUUGGCCUUCGAUUCCACAUGGUGCACCACGCCGCGUGAGUGUAAACUCUUUCGGUUUUGGUGGUACGAACGCCCACGUGAUUGUGGAGAGCUUCGAGGGCAUCGAACAGACCGCCCCUAUCGAAACCUCUAGUCCUUGUCUCGCACCUCUUACGCUUUCUGCAGGCAAUGAGCAGUCUCUCAAAGCAAAUAUGCAGAGUCUGCUGAAGUACCUUCAGACUGAGCCUGAUAUUCAAAUGAAGGACCUAGUGUGGACUUACCUGAAGAAGCGUUCAGACCUUGGCACUCGCCGCGCUAUUGUUGGCAAGACUAUUCCUACAGUAGUCGCUGCUCUUGAAAGGGAGAUUUCCUUGAUCGAGAAAAAGGAGGGUCUAGCAGUCUCCUCUGGAUUAAACAAAAAGCCUUCCGUAAUGGGCAUUUUCACUGGACAGGGCGCUCAGUGGCCGGCCAUGGGCAAGCUCCUUAUUGACUCGGUUCCUCUUGCAAAAGUUAUCGCCGAGAGUCUGGACGAAUCCCUGAAGACUUUGCCGGAGGAAUACAGGCCAAAGUGGACUUUACAAGAGCAGCUAUCUCUCGAGGGAACCGAAUCGAACGUGGCAAACGCCACUUUCUCUCAGCCUUUAUGCUGCGCUGUGCAGAUCAUACUCGUUCAGCUUCUGAAAGCUGCAGGUCUCGAGUUUAAGGCUGUUGUUGGCCACAGCUCAGGCGAGAUUGCAUGCGCCUAUGCUGCCAACUUCGUUACAGCAUCCCAGGCCAUCCGCAUUGCCUACCUCCGAGGUUUGACGUCAAAACUGGCAGCGUCUCCAAAUGGCACAGAAGGCGCUAUGAUGGCAGUUGGUACAUCUAUGGAGGAUGCGGAGGCUCUGUGCGCCCUGGAGAUGUUUGAAGGCCGAAUCUCUGUCGCCGCGAGUAACGGUCCAGAGAGUUGCACGGUGUCUGGUGACAAAGACGCCAUUGAAGAAGCUCGCGAAAUCCUUGAGGACGAGUCUAAGUUCGCACGUGUUCUUAAGGUCGACAAGGCAUAUCAUUCGCAUCACAUGCAGCCUUGUGCUGCACCCUACGUUGACGUACUGAAGCAGUGUGGUUGCGACAUCCCGGAAGCAGACGGCCCACCAACCUCUACAUGGAUCUCUUCUGUGUAUGAUGGAAGGGUAAUGACACCCAAAGACUGUAAAGCAGAAUAUUGGAAAGACAACCUAGUCUCUCCUGUCCUGUUCUCUCAAGCAGUGGAGCAAACCAUGAUUAAGCACGCACCGCUUGACUUAGGAAUCGAAGUAGGCUGUCAUCCUGCUUUGAAGACCCCCUGCUUGGACACCAUCGAGAAUUGUUACUCUUCUAGCAUUCCUUAUACUGGAUGUAUGGAGCGUGGAAAAGACAACGUUGACUCGUUCACCUCAUGCCUUCGCUACGUCUGGGAACACUUUGGCUCGGCUAGCAUCAACCUCAGCAGCCUUUACGACAAGCUAUCACUUGACGCCAACAUUAUUGAUUUGUCAAAGAUGAUCCCAACGUACACGUGGGACCACAGUCGAUCAUACCGAAAAGAGUCCCGAGUUACGCAAUCCUUCCUCCAUGGCUCAACUGCGCCGCAUCUACUUCUUGGUAAGCUCUCUGCUCAAAGCACGGCGACCAACGCACAAUGGCACAGUUUCCUCCGGGUCAGAGACUUUGACUGGCUCGAUGGACAUGCGCUCCAAGGUCAAACAGUGUUUCCUGGUGCCGGUUACGUCGUGAUGGGUUUCGAGGCGGCAAUGCACGCAUCAGGCAACCGUGAAAUCGAGCUUCUAGAAUGCCUUCGGCUCAGCAUCGACAAGGCCGUGACCUUUGAAGAUGAAGACAGCUUGGUCGAACUUAACUUGACCCUCAACGCCAAAGCGUCUGGUCUCACCCACGCUACUUACGAGUUCACGAUCGACUCUUGUCUGGCUAGAGAAAAUGGACUCACUAGCUCUGCCUCGGGAGAAAUUGUAGUGACAUAUGGGACUGCUUCAAAUGAUGCACUUCCAAAGGCUCAAGAUGAACCGCCGCACAUGAGCAAGAUCGGCAUUGAUAGGUUCUACAGGGUCCUGGAAGAGAUUGGAUACGGCUACACCAAGCAGUUCCGUGGCCUGACGUCUAUGAAACGCGCCGACAGCAAAGCUAUGGGCGAUGUGAACUUUCCACAAUUGGAAGAUGGUAGCCAUCGCCUGGUACUACAUCCCGCGACUCUCGACGUCGCCUUCCAAACCUUUAUUGGAGCAUACUCUGCCCCUGGAGAUCGCCGUCUCAGGUCACUUCUCGUUCCCACACAGAUCGAUCGCAUUGCUCUGAACCCCAACCUUGCUAGAAAGGCACCAGCUGUGGUCGGAUUCAACUCCACCAGCCUGGAUGCUGUAAAGAAUAGCAUUGGAGGCAACAUUGAGAUCUUUGAACCAACUUCAAGGUCUACCAUUCUCCAGGUCGAGGGCCUAAGCUUCAAGCCGUUCUCUCCACCAACAGCUGCUGAUGACCGCAAAAUGUACUCGAAAUGGGAGUGGGGACCUCUAAAUCCGGACAAAGUACUCGACGACCCGCAAUACUGGUCUACUAAAGAAGAGGAGAAGGAGGUGGUUGUGAUGGAGCGCGUCACAUACUUUUACAUCAGAAGCUUCCUUGCCGGCCUGACUGUGGAAGAUCGCGAUGAAGCUGCAUUUCACUAUCAGAAGCAGAUUGAGUGGUGCGAGCAUAUUGUGGCCGAGUCGAAGUCUGGUAGGCUUCCCUGCUACGUGUCAGCCUGGGAAUUCGACACGGAAGCUGAGAUCCAUAGCUUGAUUGAACAGUACGCAUACCAUCCGCAUAUUCGUCUACUCCAAAGGGUUGGUGAAAAUAUCCUUGAGAUUGUUCGCGAUGGUGGCAACCCGUUUGAUAUGAUGGAUCACGAUGGCCUGCUCACCGAAUUCUACGGCUCACCAAAGAGUUACGGUAAUGCGUACAAGUACUUCCAGAAGCUGAUCCAUCAGAUCUCCCAUCGUCACCAGAACAUGAACAUUCUCGAGAUCGGGGGAGGUACAGGUGGUGCGACAAGAUAUGUGUUGAAGAAUGGUACCCCGCCUUCUUUCAACAGCUACACCUUCACAGAUAUAUCAAACGCCUUUUUCGAAAAGGCUGCUGAAGAAUUUGCUGAACACCAAGAUCUAAUGGACUUUCGCCCGCUCGAUAUCAGACGAGACCCCAAGGAUCAGGAAUUUACUCCGAACUUUUACGAUCUGAUCAUCGCAUCGAAUGUGCUACAUGCCACUCCCAGCUUGGAUGAGACCAUGGCCAACGUGAGGGCGCUACUCAAACCGGGUGGUCAGCUUGUAAUCAUCGAAGUGACUCACAGAGAGCACUCCCGCAUCGGCUUCAUUUUCGGUCUGUUCGCCGACUGGUGGGCCGGUGUUGAUGAAGGCCGUGUUCUUGAGCCUUUUGUUUCCUAUGACAAGUGGGACGAGGUGAUGAAACGCACUGGCUUUUCUGGAAUCGAAUCUAGGACCCUUGAUCGAGACAGUCACGUGUCCCCGAACUCUGUCUUUAGCACCAUUGCUAUCAACGAGUCAAUGCUGAAACUUACACAACCGCUGGUAGAGCCUCCAAGUGAGCCACUCGCUCCCCUUGUCAUCAUCGGCGGAGAAUCGUCUGGGACUUCGACUAUGAUAGAACAGCUCAAGACUCAUCUACCAGAACGACAAGUGGACGUCCUCGAAAAGCUGACCGAUCUGAUCGACUUCCAGUGUAGUCCCAAGUCCACAUUCCUGGUGCUAUCUGAGCUCGACGAGGAGUUCUUUGCUGGGCUGAAUGAAGUCAAGUUCGAGGCGGCGCAAACGAUUUUCUAUUACGCGAAACACGUUAUGUGGAUAACGGAGAGCGCGUGGCGAAACAACCCGCGCCAGGGCCAAAUCAUUGGCCUUCUUCGUACUCUACGAUUGGAACAUGCCGACGUCCAGAUCCAGGUAGUAGACUAUGAUGUCGCUGCGAGUAUUGACCCGAAGCAACUGGUGGAGCAUCUCUUGCGGCUAGAAUAUUCGUUCAACUGGGAGGAACAAGGUGUUCUAUGGACUCCAGAGCCAGAGCUCUAUUUCACGGGCUCGCGUGCAGCUGUCCAGCGCCUAAGGCCGGACGAUGUGAGAAACGAUCGCCUCAACGCCACCCGUCGGCCUAUCCUUGGCGAAUUCGACCCGACCGAAAAAGCGCUGAGAGUUGAGAAAGAUGGGCGGCAUGCUUAUGUCGAGGUUGUCAACGAAUUCUCUCCUCCUUGUGUCUCAACGACAGCGAAAGCUAAGAUUUGGGCUCAAUACACGACUGCAAACGCUUUCCGUGUUGGUGAUCUAGGCUAUUUCCACAUUGUCCAAGGAACCCUCGCCCAAUCAGGACGUAGCGUAUUAGCACUUUCGGAAACCAAUGUGUCAUCAGUCGAGGUUUCAUCCGAUUAUAUCUAUACUUUGGACGCUCAACUCGACGCGGAUGUAUGUAUCCUUCAGUCCAUUGCUGCAGACAUAUUGGCACAGUCACUACUCUCGAAGGCAAUCCCCGGAACUUCUAUGCUCAUCUUCGAACCUCCCAAAUUUUGUAUUGAAGCAAUUGUUCGCCUGGCGGAGACAUUGGGGGCGAAAAUUACACUUGCUUCAGCAAAUCCGCCUUCUGGAGCUCAACCUAAGCACUGGAUAAGAUUACACGAGAAGGAGACACAGCAUGGGUUGAAGAGCAAGCUUCCAACGGGCCUCUCAGCGUUUUACAGCUUGACUGACAAUGACAACUCGACUAGCCUGGGAAAUCGGUUGGCUAGUGUGCUCCCUCCUAGCUGUUCCAGACAUAACAUCCACCAUCUCAUCCAAGAGAUUGGUGCUGUCCUUUCCCACGAUCACAGUAAUCGCGCAGUGUCCAUACUGGAGCAGGCAAAGCGCACAGCAAGCGAAGCGGGAACCGUUCAGGAUUCAGCUGUUGUCCAGGCCAGCCAAAUUACAAGCGCUGUUAUUUCAGCCGCUACGGUAAUUCAGUGGAAGGCAGAGGACAUGGUCCCUGCCCGAAUUACUUCUGUUGGUGACGGCAAGCUCUUCUCCGACGACAAGACGUAUCUCCUUGUAGGUCUGGCUGGCGAUCUUGGACGCUCAAUCUGUCGCUUCAUGAUUAUGCAUGGCGCAAAGCAUGUCGUAUUAUCUAGCCGUCAUCCUACUACUGACCAGCGCUGGAUUGACGAUAUGAUUAACAUAGGAGGUGAUGUGAUGAUAUUGCCGAUGAAUGUUGCACAGGCAGAUUCGCUCGAUGCGGGUUUGGCGAAAAUCCGCGAAUCGAAGCCUCCAAUCGCUGGUGUCGCAUUUGGCCCACUCAUCCUACAAGAUGUUAUGUUCAAGAACAUGGAUCUCGACAUGAUGGAGAUGGUGUUGGAGCCAAAGGUUAACGGCGCUCGUCUCUUGGAUGAGCGUCUAUCAGAUCCUGCUAAUCCUCUCGACUUCUUCGUCAUGUUCUCCUCAUUCGUCAUGGUUUCAGGUAACCCCGGUCAGGCUGCAUACAGCGCUGCCAAUGCAUACACCAUGGCCCUCGCCCAGUCUCGUCGCUCGCGUGGCCUGGCAGGAUCCACGAUCGACAUUGGCGCUGUUUACGGUGUUGGAUUUGUUGCGCGUGCUGGGCGUGAGGAAGAGUAUGAUGUCGUCAGAUUCAUGUUCGAUGCCGUUAACGAGUGGGAGCUUCAGGCGCUGUUUGCUGAGGCCGUCGUCUCGGACCGAGCAAACGGCCCUGAUGCGGUUGAAAUUAUAACAGGUAUGCCGGUGUUUGACCCUGCACACAAGGACCAAAUACCGUACUACGAUGAUCCACGCUUGGCGUACUUUAAGCUCCCGGAUGGUAAAGGUCGGGGAGGUGAUGCGACUUCGUCGGUGGGAUCUGUCAAGGAUCAGCUACUCAAAGCAGUGACAAUAGAAGAGGUUCGGCAGAUUAUCACUGAUGGUGUCUCUGGGAAGAUUCGCGUAGCUCUUCAGGUGGCUGCCGAUGAUCCUAUUAGCAUUACUACGCCGCUCAUUGACGAAGGCGUCGAUUCUCUAAGUGCAGUGACCAUUGGCGCAUGGUUUUCGAAAAAUCUAGAUAUCGACAUCCCACUGUUGAAGAUUCUGGGUGGUGCAUCCGUGACAGACCUUGUGGAGGAGGUGAUAGAACGACUUUCACCCGCUGCUAUCCCGCUCACGCAUUGGGACGCAAUAUCUCAAGAGGGUCCCGCAAUCACAGAAGACUCAAGUUCCAAUGGUUUAAACUCGGGUAGCGCCUCAGACACAGCUUUAGACACUCCCCUCACGUCUAGCUCCCUUGCACCAAGCCCGGAUAAAGGUGGGCCUGGAAUCGAACGCCAGACAAGCCUUUCUCUGAUUCAGGAGUACUCUUGGAGUGAGAUGCAGCUACCUUUGGAUUCCGCAAUCUUUAACUCCGUCGUCGGCAUGUACAUGCAAGGGCCCAUUGAAAUGAGCCGACUUGAAUCGGCCGUCAAUACCACCCUUCAGAGGCACGACGUCUUCCGUACAUGCUUCACUGAACAAGACGGCAAGCCGGUUCAACUAGUGCAAAGAUCCCCUCGAGUUCGUUUCGAGGCCAUCCAAGUUUCAGACAAGGCCGCUGCUGAAAAAGGCUUUGACGAUCUCCGAGUGCACAAAUUCAAUGUUGCCGAAGGUGACACUGUCAAGAUUGUUAACUACUACUGGACACCUACUGAUCAUCUUUUUAUCCUGGCCUACCAUAGGUUGGUCGGCGACGGCUGGACAACCGAGCGCCUUUUCGUAGAGGUUGGUAGUCUAUACCAAGGUAUGCAACUUCCUCCAGCUCCCAGCUACGCCGAUUACUCUGCUCGACAACUAGCAGAUAAAGAAGCAGGGAGGCUUUCGAAUGAUCUUGCAUACUGGACAUCACAAUAUUCGUAUCUCCCGUCCCCUCUUCCAGUCAUGAACUUACCCGGUGCCUACGUCCGAGCCCGACCGUCCUGGACCUUUUACGAGGCGUCCGCACGUCUCAAUCCCAUGGUCGCUGUCCGCAUCAGAGAUCGUGCCAGGAAGCACAAAACAACGCCUCUGAACUUCUACCUCACGGCAUAUCACGUCAUGCUCGCCAGACUUACCCAAGCACGGGAUCUAACCAUCGGUAUCGCAGAUGCCAACCGUGCCACCGCUACCGAACAAGCUACCAUGGGCUAUUUCGCUAACUACCUGCCUCUCCGUCUUCCAUAUGAAAGCACUGAGACCUUCGGAGCUACACUGGUAGCCGUUAAAGAAAGCAUGCGAAACGCUCUCCUGCACUCAGCUGUGCCGCUCGGUAGCAUUCUUACCACACUUGGUAUUCCACCCGCCGAUGAGGAUGCGCUUUACGCGCCGCUUAUCCAGGCUCUGUUUGAUUACAAACAAGGACAAGCGGAGAGCGGGACGCUUGGUGGCGCGAAGAUGGUGGAUGCAAAUGUAAAGAGAGCAGGCCAGCCGCACGAUAUUGUGCUUGAGAUGAGCGAUGACCCAAGCAAGGAUCCUCUGAUUACCGUCAAGUUGCAGAAAGGGCUCUAUGGAGAGCAGGAUGCUGAGGUAGUGAUGGAUGCUUAUCUGAGUGUUUUGACGUUCUUUUCGAGGAAUCCAGCGCUCAGAGUGGACGAUGGGAAAUUGGAUCAGGGUGCGAAGGCUAGAGCCUGAGGAAUUGUGGGGUAGAUGGGUUGACGAUAUCGUUCUUGGAGAAGAGUCAUAUGGGCUUGGCACUGGUUAUCCAUGUAUAGAUGUAUGGAUUCGUGGUAUAGAACUAUCUUUAAAGAGGUUAAGAGAUCACUAGACUGCCUGCAGUGAGAGGAUAGGGUUUGGUGAUCAUGUCAUCAUUUUGUACUAUAUUUUUAAUCUAUGCGCAGCGGC